AUGAAAAGUAUAGUAUUAGUUUAUCUGUUGUUUACUACUAUUGCUCAUGAUCAAUCAACUUGUGAUGAAAUUUCAUUCACUAAUCAAGCUAGAUCGGGUGCACGAGCACCAACUUCAAUAACAAAUCUAACAACAAAACCUCUUUCAUUCAUUGUCAUUCAUCAUGCUGAGAACCCUCCAAGCUGUUAUGAUGAUGAAUCAUGUAGUGAACGAGUGAAAGAGAUUCAAAUUUUUCAUCAAAAUAAUCAAAGUUGGGUAGAUAUCGGUUAUCAUUUUCUAGUUGGUGAAAAUGGUAAAGUUUAUGAAGUUCGAGGAUGGGAUCGUCAAGCUGCUCAUUCACCUGGCUGGAAUAAUGAUGCAUACGGCAUUUCUUUCAUUGGUUAA